AUGAAGCCUCAUCUUAAGCCUGUCUUCCCUUGCUUCUGUCCCACCCACCACAUCUCACAGAAACAGGUGGAUUCGGGACAGAGUUCCAGGAGGCCACCUGUUCAGCGACCACACACAGGGGAUUUGGACGAGAUCCGCCGCCUGCGCGCCAAGGUGAUAGCCUCUGUUGAGCGCACCAAGAAGCCCGCAGGCAAGCAGGACAAACCCUCGGGAAAGCCAUCUGCACCAAUUCGGCCAUCCGCACCAAUUCGGCCAUCCGCACCAAUUCGGCCUCCCGCACCAAUUCGGCCACCCGCAGGGGAUUUGGACGAGCUCUGCCAUCAGCUCUCCAAGCUCGCCAUCUCCCCUGCCGGCAGCAGGACAGUGGCCAUGCCACCCACGGGAGGCACCCCCUUGGCAAGGAUGAGCCACCAGCUGCCCAAGAGGACGCUGUCUGCCACCAGCCAAAUGAAUCCCGCCGUGCCUCCUCAGGGCAGCAAGCGGGCCAGGGUUUUGGAGAUGAUGAGCCACCAGCUGCCCAAGAGGAGACUCUCCACCACCAGCAAGUUGAAUCCAGCCGUGCCUCCUCAGGGCAGCAAGCGGGCCAGGCUGUUGGAGAGGCUCUCCAAGCGGAGGCUCUCCGCCACCAGCAGCCUGCAGCCCGCCAUCUCUCUCCCAGAUCUCAAACGAGCCAGGCCAGACUCAGGCUGAGGAUCUGGCCUGAGCCACAACUGCAUCCUGCCAGCCUCCCAAUCCCCCCGCUGAAGCCAUCUGCCAAGGGAAACCAAGGGGGAUUCCCACCAUGUCUCC